GGUGAUCAGCGGCCUUGUAAUGGUAAGAUGCGGUGACGGCGUACGCAUAUCGAGAGAGACAGUCGGGGAAGGUUGUUGUCUUCUGAGGAUUUAGAAGGCUAGCAAGAUUGUCUCGAUAUGUUUUAAUAGCACAAUCAUAUUUUUUGGAAAUUCUGUUACGCAUUUGACAUAGACGACUGUCAUUUGCAAAACAUCACAAAAGGAGCAAUGUAGCUAGUUGGGCCCCGCCUGACCAAAACCAGAGUUUCCAGGGUGUGGAGUCUGGGCCCCUUGUGCCCCCUGUGCACGUCCCAGACCCCGCCCCUUUCCCAAUCCCCACCCCCGUCCCCAAAGCCCCGCCUCAACCCCCCCACCCCACCCCCCUCCCCCCCCGGAAAAGGAUCGCCAUGACAACGGGGGAGUGCUGCCACCUGCCGGGGUCUCUGUGUGACUGUGCGGGGAACACGGACCUGUCGAAAAGCCUGGAGGACUCGGACGUCCGGCAGGCCCAGUACAUCACACAGGUCACAGCCAAGGACGGCCGACUGCUGUCUACUGUCAUCAAGGCCCUGGGAACGCAGAGCGACGGCCCCAUCUGCCGGAUCUGCCAUGAGGGGGGCAGCGGGGAGGGGCUGCUGUCGCCGUGCGACUGCACCGGCACGCUGGGCACCGUGCACAAGACCUGCCUGGAGAAGUGGCUGUCCUCCUCCAACACCAGCUACUGCGAGCUCUGCCACACCGAGUUCACUGUGGAGCGCAGGCCCCGCCCCCUCACAGAGUGGCUGCGGGACCCGGGGCCGCGUAACGAGAAGCGCACGCUGUUCUGCGACAUGGUGUGCUUCCUGUUCAUCACGCCGCUGGCCGCCAUCUCGGGCUGGCUGUGCCUGAGGGGGGCGCAGGACCACCUGCACUUCAACAGCCGGCUGGAGGCCGUGGGGCUCAUCGCCCUCACCAUCGCGCUCUUCACCAUCUACGUCCUCUGGACGCUGGUGUCAUUCCGCUACCACUGUCAGCUGUACUCGGAGUGGAGACGAACCAAUCAGAAGGUCCGGUUGCUCAUUCCCGACACCAAGGGGGUGCACUCUACCCAGCAUUCCUUGCUCUCCACCAAGCUGAUGAAGAAGACGGCGGACGAGACCAUCGUAUGAGCGACGAGCGGGGGAGGGGCGGGGGGAGAGAAUUCGGACACCCUUUUGUUGUCCCUCCUUCCCCCACUCUUUCUUCAAUUCCUCUUUUUUUCUCUUUGUAUUUUUUUGUUUUCUGUGCCUCGCGUUCCCUCCCUCCCAUCUCCUCUUGGGUGUUUUUUUCGGAAGCCCAGACCCGCAGCUCCACCCCCCCUCCUUUAUCGAUGAUGCUAGUGGCGUGUUUACCCCCUCCCAUUGGUUUUGGGACGGGGCAGGACAGGGGGCGGGACAAGGGGGGGGGGAGGUCGUUCACCACCGCCCGCCCCACAGCCCCGAAAUACGAUGUCACCCUUGUGUCCCUUUUCCUCUUUCUGCUCCUUGACGCGUCCCGCCCCCUUCCCCCACACAGCCCCAUUUCACAAAGACAGCCAGUAGCCUCGCCUGCCUUUGGCCAGGCCCCGCCCACCGCCUCUGGGACCACGCCCUCUUGUGAAGACAAGCAGGGAGAGACGGAUUGGGGGGGGGGGGGGGUAGUGGAAUGGCACAACACCUCUACAGAGCAUGCAAACCUUUCCAUGCCAUGUGUCUUUCUUUUUAUUCUUGGGAGAGGAUGAGGAGAAGGAGAAGGAGAGAGGGACGAGGAGGAGGAAGAGGAGGAAGAGGAGGAGGAACUGGAUUGUUAAAGCCAGGGGACAGUGCAGCGAGGUUCUGGAGAUUUGGGACUCUGUCCUGUGACUGUGGGACACCGCUUACCUACGCACACUUUUACACGCAUGCGCGCUUUCCUGUUUUGUUUUUUUUCCAUGUUCUGUUCCUGUUCUUCAUUUGCUUUGGCUUGUUAUCAGUUUGUGUGUGUGUGUGUGUGUGUAUGGUUUGUGUGUGUGUGUGUGUGUGUGUGUGUGUGUGUGUGUGUGUGUGUAUG